UCUUUGAUUCAGAAUAUAGCUCAGCAAUGAAGUUUCGGGCCAAUGAAAUUCUCAAUGGGAAGUACGCAACGGUUUCCACUGCCAAAAGUGUUUUACUGUUACCAUUCACUCUGCUUCUUGUAAUGCUUCCGCUUUCUCUUAUGAGAAACUCACAUGAAUCAACUCCUCAGAUAUCUGCGGUCAGAACUUUGAACAACACAGAAAUAAAACAAUGUAACAUCUUUUCUGGAGGAUGGAUUCCUUAUCCUGAAGAACCUUACUACAACAAUGAGACAUGCAACUGGAUAAUAGACCAGCAAAACUGCAUGAAGUUUGGGAGACCUGACAGAGAGUACCUGCAUUGGAGGUGGAAACCAGAUGAAUGUGACCUUCCAUUAUUCAAUGCAACUCAAUUCUUAAGGCUUGUCAGAGGAAAGAAGAUGGCAUUUGUUGGGGACUCAGUUGGGAGAAAUCAGAUGCAGUCUUUGUUGUGUCUCUUAAGUCAUGUGUCUCAACCUGAGGACAUUUCUCAUAGAUAUUCAUCAGAUAUUUCAUAUUUCAAACGGUAUUUCUAUGCUGAUUACAGUUUCACCCUUGGAACACUGUGGUCUCCAUUUUUUGUGAGAAGCAAUGAUGCUGACCAAAGUGGUCAUUCCUAUAACAGCAUCAUGAGACUGUAUUUAGAUGAGGCAGAUGAAGCAUGGGCUAGUCAAGUUGAAAACUUUGACAUUGUGAUCAUCUCAGCAGGACAAUGGUUCUUUAGACCCCUAUUGUAUUAUGAAAAGGGUCAACUUGUUGGAUGCAACAAAUGUGGAAUGGAGAAUGUCAAAGACCUUGCUCACUACUAUGGAUAUAGGAAAGCUUUUAGGACUGCAUUUAGAACUCUAACAAAUCAUAAAAGAUAUAAGGGUGUCACAUUUUUAAGGACAUUCUCUCCAGCCCACUUUGAGAAUGGAGAUUGGAACAAGGGAGGGAAUUGUGUGAGGACAAGGCCAUUUACCAAGGAAGAAAUGAAGUUAGAUGGGUAUAUUCUAGAGACAUAUUUGACACAAGUGGAGGAGUUUAGAGAAGCACAAAAAGAAGCCACAAAGAGGGGUUUGCAGUUUUUAAUGAUGGACACAACUGAAAUUAUGUUGUUGAGACCUGAUGGACAUCCCAACAACUAUGGACAUUCCAAAGACAAAAAUGUGACAUUAAAUGACUGUGUUCACUGGUGUAUACCAGGCCCUGUUGAUACAUGGAAUGAGUUUUUGCAAUAUAUGUUGAAUAUGGAAAGCCAUGCAUCUUAUAGUUCAAAGCUAUAGAGUUUUUUAGAACAUCGGAUUUACCAUGUUGACCAUGUGGAAGAUAUUAUUAUUCUGUCUUUGGAUAUGCAAAGUAUAUUGUAUUAUUUUUACCUGUAUUUAUUAUACAAAAUGGAGAGGGGGGAGGGAAUGGGGAAAGAAUUCGCUGAAUGUAUUUAUCCAAUGUAGAUAAUUAAAUAUAUGAUGUAUAUGCAAAGUUACACGUCAUCAGAAGUAGAUAUUUUCAGGUGUUUUUUUUUUAAUAAAUCACAAAUAUCUUCUAAUAAAAACCAAUUUGAUU